UUCAGGUCGAGUGCCAUCCUUUUCUACCGCAACAGAAAUUGAUACAAUUUUGUAAACAUCGUGGUAUUUCAAUGACUGCACAUACACCUCUUGGGUCACGUGACCGCAAAUGGCAUCUGCCGAGAGAACGUGAUAUGUUGUCUGAAGAAAAAAUUGUCAAGAUAGCUGAAAAGCAUGGAAAAACCCCGGCACAGGUCAUGAUAAGAUUUCAGAUUCAAAGAGGUGUUGCCGCCGUACCAAAAAGUGUUACCCCUGAAAGAAUCAUUGAAAAUAGCAAGGUAUUUGACUUUGAACUUGAUGCAUAUGAUAUGGAUGAUUUACUGUCAUUUCCCAUAAUAAGACAACACGUACCAUAUACAAGAGAUGAAGAUGACAACAUAAUACCACGUGAUGACCACCGACCACACUAUCCGUUCAAUGAACUAUUUUAAGAUCUACUUAAAUAUAAGAUCUUAGAGCAAUAUAAUAUAUUUUUAUUGGUUGUAUUUAUUACUAGAUUGUCUACAUAUGUUCUCAAUCCCGACAUAUUUUGAAUUGAGACAAAUUCAAUUAACACUACUUUUACUGACAGAUUCAAUUUAAACACUACUUUUAUUGACCAAUUUCAAAUCAAACGCCACUUUUAUUGACCAGAUUCAAUUCCAAUGCCAGUUUUACUGACCAUAUUCAAAUCAAACGCCAGUUUUACUGACCAGAUUCAAAUCAAACGCCAGUUUUACUGACCAUAUUCAAAUCAAACGUCACUUUUACUGACCAGAUUCAAUUCCAAUGCCAGUUUUACUGACCAGAUUCAAAUAAAACGCCACUUUUACUGACCAGAUUCAAUUCCAGUGCCAGUUUUACUGACCAUAUUCAAAUCAAACGUCACUUUUACUGACCAGAUUGAAUUCCAAUACUGCUUUUACUGAAUUUGAUGCAGACAAGAUUGUUUUCUGGUUAUAUUUUUCAAAUCAUUGUUUAGAUUGAGGGUUGAUUUACAUUUCCUAAUUAAUAUAUACACAUUUAAUUAUUGUCAUUGUAAAACAAUUAAAUAUUAUUCAGUGCAUUUUCUAAAUUAAUUAUUUUAUUUUCCAGCUUUUUCAUUUUUUUUUGCUGCGUACCUGCAGGUUUUUCAGCAGUCACCAGAUUUUGAUGUUUUUUAAAUGUUUUGAUUUUAGUAUUAUAUAUUUUUCAUGCAAGUGAAAAUUCAUCAUAUUUCAAUACACAUAUAUGAUUUAUUGUUUGUUUUAAAUCUUUUUUUGUUUCAGUUAUAUCUAAAGUGUGAUUCAUUUUAAUGAUAAUUUGUAUAUAUAAUUUGGGCUUUUAUGAAAUUUGGGGGAAAAUGUUUUCAUUAAGGUUGCGGUAACCUGAUUGUAAUCAAAAAUAUAUUAAAAAAUCAUAAUUCUUAGCCCAGUUUGGACAUGUUUGGCUUUGGGCAUGUGAUGAUUUAUACAAUUUGUAACAAUAUAUAAAAAAACAAAAAAAUUGUAAAACAAUAAAAUUUUCCCUUGUUUGAACAAUAGUAUGUACAUGUAUGGUAAUAAUACAUUUUAAUAAAUCAAAAGCAUACAAACCCACUUUUUAGAGAAUAAAUAAUUUGAAAAAAAUACAUUUAUAUAGAGUAUUUAUAUAACAAUAGUAAAAGUGUGCAUAUUUUCAAAUAAUUCCUGACUUUUUACAAGCUUACAUUUCUUAAUUAAGAUAAUCUACAAGUUAUUUUACGUGUACUUAUAGCUAUGUAGUCCUCUUCUGAUAAAUCGGAUAGAGGUGCAUGCAGGUUUCAGAAAUUCUUAACUUAAUGGAUAUGACGAGCAAAUCUCCUGAACUGAUUAAGUUUAAGAUGAACCAUUAUGCAUGCCAUCACUUGAUUUGCUGAACAUUGUCAUUUGUAGGUACUUAUUUGUAAAUGGUGUGUUCAUAGGGUGAGAUACUCGUACAUACCGUCACUGUGGGAGGACAGUUGCACAUAUCAAGCAGGCUGUUUGCUGAUUACUUGGCAAUAUGCUUCAAAAGAUGGUAUUUAUUUAUGGAUGUGUCUAUCAAUAAAAAGUAAAUAUCCACAGAUGAGCUAACAA